AUGGCCGAAGACAGCCAGCAGUCAAGCAAACGAGCUAAUCAUACAUGGACUGCCGAAGAAGAUAAAGUGCUUGUGGAAUGUCUCAUUGACAUAGGGUCGAGUUACAAAGGAGAGAAUGGUUUUAAACCUGGUUUUUCUGGAGCUACAGAGAAGCUCAUGCAUCAAAGGAUACUUGGUUGUACCCUCAGAGGUAUCCCUCAUAUCACAUCCCGGGUUAAGUUGUUAAAAAAACAGUACAAUGCGAUCGCUGAAAUGAUCGGGCCUAACAGUGGGAGUGGAUUUGGAUGGAAUGAUACAAAAAAAAUGAUAGAGGUGGAGAGGCAGAUAUUCGAUGACUGGGUGAAGAGUCACCCCAAUGGUAAGGGUCUGUUUAAUAAACCAUUUCCUCACUACGACCAAUUAGGAGCUGUCUUCGGAAAAGAUGUUGCAUCUGGUCAAGGAGCAGAGGGGCCAACAGAUACAAUUCACGAAAUGCAGCGAGAUGGUGCUAUGAAUGCAGGGAGUGGGAUUGCUUUUGACGAUUACCUUGACAUGACUGGAGACUAUAUCCCCACACCUUGUGGUGAUACUACAAUGCCCGAUAUCCCACAAGAGGAGGUGAUGCCACCAUCUCCUGUAUCAACUGCAACUACAACGAGGGGUAAGAAACGUCAAAGAAGCGAAGACCCAUUACUUGUGGAAGUUGUUGACGUCAUGAAAGAUCUUAGUCAUAACUACAAGAAGUCAAAUGAUAGUAUUGAUAAGUUGACAUCUUGCUUUCAACAUCAAGCCGAGGGUAGCCAUAGGCGUAUGUCAAUUGUUACUGAACUGGAGAAAUUUGAAGAAUUGACAAUGGGACAACAGGUUCAUCUUGCUGUGCAAUUGGGCAAGGAUAGCAAUCUCACAGAUGUGUUCAUGCAAUGCAGUCACGAAAAACGAGUUGUUUUGGUGGCUGGAUUGUUGGCUAAUUAUCAGUGA